AUGGCUUCUGAAUCCUCCAUCCCUCUCCACGACUGUUUGAUCAUCGGCGGCGGCAUUGCGGGCUUGUCGUCCGCCCUCAGUCUGGUGCGUACGCUCCACACAGCUGUCGUCUUCGAUGAGGGUAUCCAUCGUAAUGACCAGGCGCCUCAUCUCGCCACCGUUCCCACCUGGGAUAGCCAGGACCCGAAGCGCUUCCGUGACGCCGCCAAACUCAACAUUCUGAGCAAGUACAGCACAGUCGAAUUUGCCAAUGUCAAACUAGAGAAGGUGGCCCAGCUUACAGAUGGACCCCACAAAGGAUAUUUCUGUGUCUGGGAUACUAAACAACGACAGUGGUUGGGACGGAAAGUGAUCUUGGCUAUGGGAGUGGAGGAUGUUCUUCCCACGAUCGACGGAUUUGCGGAAUGCUGGACCCAGGGAAUCUUCCAUUGCCUCGUCCACCGGGGCUACGAGGAGCGUGGAUGCGCAUCUGGAGGCGUUCUGGCUAUUGACGGUGAUGCCAGCUUCUUCGCAGCACGGCAUCUGGCCUUCCAAGCGCGGAACCUAACAGAUAAUGUCGUUAUCUACACCCAUGGAAAUAACGAGCUGGCACAAGAGGUCGAGCUACAAUUGGGGCCCUGCGGCUUCCGGGCCGAGUCGCGACCGAUUGCAAAGUUCGUGCAGCAUCCCAAACGGGCGCAGAUGGAGGUCCACUUCCAGGACGGUCAGUCCGAAAUUGUUGGCUUCAUGGUACAUCGACCGCGAACCAACAUUCGUGGGCCAUUCGCGGAGCAGUUGGGUGUGGAAAUGACUCCAGAAGGUCACAUUAAGACACAAUUCCCCUUCAACGAGACCACUGUGCCUGGCGUUUUCGUGGCGGGAGACGCCGGGUCACAAUUCAAGAUUGGCACGCAGGCAGUGGUGAUGGGCGCAUUUGCAGCCGGAGGUGUGCAGAUGCAAGUGAAUGCAGAGAAAUGGUCGAAGCCACUGAGCUCCGUGUUCAACAAAGCAUUGGGCAAACCUUUUCUCACGAAAGUCUUCGGCCACGACUACGUGGUUCUGCCGUCCAAGUAUUUCGAUGAUAUCAAACGUGCGAGCCCUCGAAGCCUGAGCUUCUUUCAAGCUUUGAGCGAUGGUCUGAACAUGGAGGCUUCGGUCGGCCAUCUCUACGCAAGUACAACGGAGAUUGACGUGGUUGUCAAGCAUUUGAAUACUAGACUAACCCAACUGACACCGUUGCUCUGCGACGAGGCGGAAUAUGCUAUUGAGAAGGAAAUAGGUUCUUUACCUGACUGGAAGAAGUUCAAUAUCUCCGACCUCAUCGCUGCCAUCGUGCACCGGACGACUAACCGCAUCCUGGUGGGAAAAGAACUCUGUCGGAACGAAGAAUACCUUGCGAUUACUACUAAGUUCUCACGAUCGCUAUUUAUCAGCGGCAUCUUUUGGAACUUCGUUCGCUUGGGACCUCUACGCAAAUUGGUCGCUUGGUUGACCAUCGGACUUCACCUGAGGGACCGCAAUGCCGCCGCAAAAGUUCUCCUGCCCCACGUUCUUGCACGACGACAGGAGAAAGAAUCUGGCGUCGAUGUAGCCACCAAGUAUCCCGAUGCGCUGCAGUGGACCAUCGAUACUGCUCCGUCCUUUCCCGGAGACGAUGAGCCCUUACAUCAAGUCUAUCAUAUGCUGCAUCUGACCUUUGCUGCGAGCAGUGCGUCCGGUGUGGGCGUCACUCAGUGUGUGCUCAAUGUGCUUGCGUAUCCAGAGUACUUGGAGCCUCUCCGUGAGGAGAUCUCCACCGUGGUCGCCAGACACAGUGGCUGGACCGACAAAGCUCUGUCCCAAAUGGCUUUACUCGAUAGCUUCAUCCGGGAAACAAUGCGGCUUCACCCGGCGGGUUCCUUAACUGUGGCUCGGACAGUCAUGGACGACCAUUUCCGAUUCCACGACGGUCUAACCCUGCCUAAGGGAACAAACGUCAUCGCACCGGCGUUGGCGAUUCACUAUGACCCCGACAACUACGAGAACGCCCACCAAUUCGAUGGCUUCCGGUUUGCCAGAUACCGUCAGAAGCAAGGCGAGAACCACCGAUGGCUCGCGUCGACAAUCGACCAGAAAUUCCUGCAGUAG